CAGCGAAAUGCUUAGCUUUAGCUCUGCCGUGUCUCUGUUACCAAUCAUCGUACAUUCGUGCUGGUAGCAGCGAACGAGAAAGACGCGUUUUGGAAAAAUAUUUAAAAAUCAGCAACUGCAUACAAAACCAAACCAGAUAGAAUCAACGACAAAACGAUAAAUAACGAAUAUAAAAACGCAGAAAGUAUAAUAAAAAAAGAAAACAAACAUGUCAGAAGAAGUUGAUCGCAACGACCCCGAGCUGAAAUAUCUCUCGGUGGAGCGCAAUCAAUUCAACGAUCCGGCCACACAAGCCGAAUGGACACAGAAACGUCUUGUUUGGGUGCCCCACGAGAAUCAGGGCUUCGUUGCCGCCAGUAUUAAGCGCGAACAUGGCGACGAGGUGGAGGUGGAAUUGGCCGAGACCGGCAAGCGUGUCAUGAUCCUACGCGAUGACAUACAGAAGAUGAAUCCGCCAAAGUUCGACAAAGUCGAGGAUAUGGCCGAGCUGACGUGCCUCAAUGAGGCGUCCGUGUUGCACAACAUCAAAGACAGAUAUUACUCUGGCUUGAUCUAUACAUAUUCCGGUCUUUUCUGCGUUGUGGUCAAUCCCUACAAGAAAUUGCCAAUCUAUACCGAAAAGAUAAUGGAGCGGUAUAAGGGCAUAAAGCGACACGAAGUGCCUCCGCAUGUAUUUGCAAUAACGGACAGUGCCUAUAGAAAUAUGUUGGGUGAUCGUGAAGACCAAUCGAUUUUGUGUACUGGCGAAUCGGGUGCUGGCAAAACGGAGAAUACCAAGAAGGUCAUACAAUUUCUGGCCUAUGUGGCUGCCUCUAAGCCCAAGGGCUCUGGUGCGGUGCCGAAUCCUGCCGUCCUCAUUAACUUUUCGGUGAACACGAAUAAAUACAUUAAGGUCAAAUGUAAUGUCAAUAAUAUAUUUGGUAAUAAGGUGCACAGUAGGAAGAUCAUCGAAGCAAACAACAACGGUGUCGGUUCGAAGACGAUCAUGCAGCUAAGUAGCUGCCAUGUGGUGGAUCGGUUAGCUGCUGCGACGCAUUGUGACUGUCUCGUAGUUGAUAUGCCCAUGCCCGAGGUGGAGGGCGAGCUGGAACAACAGCUGCUGCAGGCGAAUCCCAUACUGGAAGCCUUUGGCAAUGCCAAGACGGUCAAGAACGACAACUCAUCGCGUUUCGGUAAAUUCAUACGCAUUAACUUUGAUGCAUCGGGUUUCAUUUCGGGCGCCAAUAUCGAGACCUAUCUGUUGGAGAAGUCGCGUGCCAUUCGUCAAGCGAAGGACGAACGUACAUUCCAUAUAUUCUAUCAGCUGCUGGCGGGCGCAACGCCGGAGCAGCGCGAGAAAUUCAUACUCGAUGACAUUAAGUCGUAUCCAUUCCUCUCAAACGGCACGUUGCCCGUGCCUGGGGUCGAUGACUUUGCUGAAUUCCAAGCGACAGUCAAAUCGAUGAACAUCAUGGGCAUGACCUCGGAGGAUUUCAAUUCGAUAUUCCGGAUCGUUAGCGCCGUGCUGCUCUUUGGCAGCAUGAAGUUCCGGCAGGAGCGCAACAACGAUCAGGCAACGCUGCCCGAUAAUACGGUCGCCCAGAAGAUUGCCCAUUUGCUUGGCUUGAGCGUUACGGAUAUGACGCGCGCCUUUCUCACGCCCCGCAUCAAAGUGGGUCGCGAUUUUGUGACCAAGGCACAGACCAAGGAGCAGGUCGAAUUCGCCGUGGAGGCCAUCGCCAAGGCGUGCUAUGAGCGCAUGUUCAAGUGGCUGGUGAAUCGCAUCAAUCGAUCGCUGGAUCGCACCAAGCGACAGGGCGCCUCGUUCAUUGGCAUUCUCGAUAUGGCUGGCUUCGAGAUCUUCGAGCUGAACUCGUUCGAGCAGCUGUGCAUCAACUAUACCAAUGAGAAGCUGCAGCAGCUAUUCAACCACACCAUGUUCAUCUUGGAGCAGGAGGAAUAUCAGCGCGAGGGCAUCGAAUGGAAAUUCAUUGAUUUCGGACUCGAUCUGCAGCCCACCAUCGAUCUGAUCGAUAAGCCUGGUGGCAUCAUGGCUCUGCUGGAUGAGGAGUGCUGGUUCCCCAAGGCCACCGACAAGACGUUUGUCGACAAGCUCGUCUCCGCCCACUCCAUGCAUCCGAAAUUCAUGAAGACCGAUUUCCGUGGCGUUGCCGACUUUGCCAUCGUCCAUUAUGCCGGACGGGUGGAUUACUCGGCCACGAAAUGGUUGAUGAAGAACAUGGAUCCGUUGAACGAGAACAUUGUGUCGCUGUUGCAGGCAUCGCAGGAUCCGUUUGUCGUGAACAUCUGGAAGGAUGCGGAAAUAGUCGGCAUGGCACAGCAAGCGCUAACUGAUACCCAAUUUGGGGCGCGCACGCGCAAGGGCAUGUUCCGCACCGUGUCGCAUUUGUAUAAGGAGCAGCUGGCCAAACUGAUGGACACGCUGCGCAACACGAACCCAAACUUUGUGCGCUGUAUCAUACCGAAUCACGAGAAGCGGGCUGGCAAGAUCGACGCGCCCCUGGUGCUGGACCAAUUGCGCUGCAAUGGUGUCCUCGAGGGUAUACGCAUCUGUCGCCAGGGCUUCCCCAAUCGCAUACCCUUCCAGGAGUUCAGGCAGCGCUACGAACUGCUUACGCCCAAUGUCAUACCGAAGGGCUUUAUGGACGGCAAGAAGGCCUGCGAGAAGAUGAUCCAGGCCUUGGAGCUCGACUCCAAUCUGUAUCGUGUUGGCCAAUCGAAGAUCUUCUUCCGCGCCGGUGUGCUGGCACAUCUGGAGGAGGAGCGCGACUUCAAGAUCUCCGAUCUAAUUGUCAAUUUCCAGGCAUUCUGUCGCGGCUUCCUCGCCCGCCGCAACUACCAGAAGCGUCUCCAGCAGCUGAACGCCAUACGCAUCAUCCAGCGCAAUUGCGCUGCCUAUCUCAAGCUGCGCAACUGGCAGUGGUGGCGUCUGUAUACCAAGGUCAAGCCCUUGCUGGAGGUGACCAAGCAGGAGGAGAAGCUCGUGCAGAAGGAGGAUGAGCUGAAGCAGGUGCGCGAGAAGCUCGAAUCGCUGGCCAAGAAUACGCAGGAGUAUGAGCGUAAAUACCAGCAGGCGCUGGGUGAGAAGACCACGCUUGCCGAGCAGCUGCAGGCCGAGAUUGAGCUGUGCGCCGAGGCGGAGGAGUCGCGUUCACGCCUAAUGGCGCGUAAACAGGAGCUGGAGGAUAUGAUGCAGGAGCUGGAGACGCGCAUUGAGGAGGAAGAGGAGCGCGUACUGUCGCUGGCCGGCGAUAAGAAGAAACUGGAAUUGCAUAUUCAGGAUCUGGAGGAGCAGCUCGAAGAGGAGGAGGCUGCACGCCAGAAACUCCAACUCGAAAAGGUGCAGCUGGAUGCCAAGAUCAAAAAGCAUGAAGAGGAGCUGGCGCUCACCGAAGAUCAGAACCAGAAGCUGCUGAAGGAGAAGAAAGUGCUGGAGGAACGUGCCAACGAUCUGUCCCAGACGCUGGCUGAGGAGGAGGAGAAGGCCAAGCAUUUGGCCAAACUGAAAGCCAAGCACGAGGCGACCAUUGCCGAGUUGGAGGAACGCAUGCACAAGGAUCAACAGCAGCGCCAGGAAUCGGACCGCACCAAGCGCAAAAUCGAAACCGAGGUGGCCGAUCUGAAGGAGCAGCUGAACGAGCGCCGCAUCCAGGUCGAGGAGAUGCAAGCACAGCUGGCCAAGCGCGAGGAGGAACUUACCCAAACGCUGAUGCGAAUCGACGAGGAGUCCGCCUCAAAGGCCGCCGCCCAGAAGGCGCAGCGUGAACUCGAAUCCCAGCUGGCCGAGAUCCAGGAGGACCUCGAAGCCGAAAAGUCGGCGCGCAGCAAGGCCGAAAAACUGCGUCGCGAUCUCAGCGAGGAAUUGGAGGCGCUUAAGAACGAGCUGCUCGACUCACUGGAUACCACAGCCGCCCAACAGGAGCUGCGCUCCAAGCGCGAGCAGGAGCUGGCCAUGCUGAAGAAGUCUCUGGAGGAGGAGGGCGUGAAUCAUGAGAGCGUGCUCGCUGAAAUGCGCCACAAGCAUGCCCAGGAGCUGAACAGCAUCAACGAUCAGCUGGAGAAUCUGCGCAAGGCCAAGGCCGGCUUGGAGAAGGCCAAGGGCACCCUCGAGGCGGAGAAUGCGGAUCUGGCCACGGAAUUGCGAAGCGUGAACAGCUCGCGACAGGAGAAUGAUCGCCGACGCAAGCAGGCGGAGUCUCAGAUCGCUGAGCUGCAGGUGAAGCUGGCGGAGAUUGAGCGUGCGCGUUCCGAACUGCAGGAGAAGUGCACGAAGCUGCAGCAGGAGGCGGAGAACAUUACCAACCAGCUGGAGGAGGCCGAACUGAAGGCCUCGGCGGCCGUCAAGUCAGCCAGCAAUAUGGAAUCGCAGCUGACAGAGGCACAGCAGCUGCUGGAGGAGGAAACCCGCCAGAAGCUCGCCCUCAGCUCCAAACUGCGUCAAAUCGAAUCGGAAAAGGAGGCACUGCAGGAGCAGCUCGAGGAGGAUGAGGAGGCGAAACGCAACUUCGAACGCAAAUUGGCCGAGGUAACAGCCCAAAUGCAGGAGAUCAAGAAGAAGGCCGAGGAGGAUGCCGAUCUGGCCAAGGAGCUCGAGGAAGGCAAGAAGCGCCUCAACAAGGACAUCGAGGCGCUGGAGCGACAGGUCAAGGAGCUGCUGGCACAGAACGACCGCCUGGACAAGAGCAAAAAGAAGAUCCAGUCGGAGCUCGAGGAUGCUACCAUUGAGCUGGAGGCGCAACGCACGAAGGUGCUCGAAUUGGAGAAGAAGCAGAAGAACUUCGACAAGAUACUCGCCGAAGAGAAAGCCAUAUCAGAACAGAUCGCCCAGGAGCGCGACACGGCGGAGCGUGAGGCCCGUGAGAAGGAGACCAAGGUGCUGUCAGUAUCCCGCGAAUUGGACGAGGCGUACGACAAGAUCGAGGAUCUGGAAACGAAACGCAAGCAGCUGCAGAACGAGCUCGACGAUCUGGCCAACACACAGGGCACGGCCGACAAGAACGUUCACGAGCUGGAGAAGGCGAAACGUGCGCUCGAAUCGCAGCUGGCCGAGCUGAAAGCACAAAACGAGGAGCUCGAGGAUGAUCUGCAGCUGACCGAGGAUGCCAAACUGCGUCUGGAGGUCAACAUGCAGGCGCUGCGCUCGCAAUUCGAACGGGACCUGCUAGCCAAGGAGGAGGGCGCCGAGGAGAAGCGACGUGGCCUGGUCAAGCAGCUGCGCGAUCUGGAGGCCGAGCUGGACGAGGAGCGCAAACAGCGAACGGCCGCGGUGGCGGCCAAGAAGAAGCUGGAGGGUGAUCUCAAGGAGAUUGAGACCACCAUGGAGAUGCAUAACAAGGUGAAAGAGGAUGCCCUCAAGCAUGCCAAGAAAUUACAAGCACAAGUCAAGGAUGCGCUGCGCGAUGCCGAGGAGGCCAAGGCCGCCAAGGAGGAGCUGCAGGCGCUGAGCAAAGAAGCCGAACGAAAGGUGAAGGCACUCGAGGCCGAAGUAUUACAGCUGACCGAGGAUUUGGCCAGCUCGGAGCGUGCCAGGCGAGCGGCUGAAACUGAGCGCGACGAACUGGCCGAGGAGAUCGCCACCAAUGCCAGCAAGGGCUCGCUCAUGAUUGAUGAGAAGCGGCGGCUGGAGGCGCGCAUUGCCACCCUGGAGGAGGAGCUCGAGGAGGAGCAAUCGAAUUCAGAGGUACUGCUCGAUCGCAGUCGCAAGGCGCAGCUACAGAUCGAACAGUUGACCACAGAACUGGCCAACGAGAAGUCCAACUCGCAGAAGAAUGAGAACGGACGUGCGCUGCUCGAGCGCCAGAACAAGGAGCUGAAGGCCAAGCUGGCCGAGAUCGAGACGGCGCAACGCACCAAGGUGAAGGCCACCAUUGCCACGCUCGAGGCGAAGAUUGCCAAUCUGGAGGAGCAGCUGGAGAACGAGGGCAAGGAGCGACUGCUGCAACAGAAGGCCAACCGCAAAAUGGACAAGAAGAUCAAGGAGCUCACCAUGAACAUCGAGGACGAGCGAAGACACGUCGACCAGCAUAAGGAGCAAAUGGAUAAACUGAAUAGCCGCAUUAAACUGCUCAAGCGCAAUCUGGACGAGACCGAGGAGGAGCUGCAGAAGGAGAAGACGCAAAAGCGCAAAUAUCAGCGCGAAUGCGAGGACAUGAUCGAAUCCCAGGAGGCCAUGAACCGUGAGAUUAACUCACUGAAAACGAAAUUGCGACGCACCGGCGGCAUGGGCCUCAGCUCCAGCCGACUCACGGGCACACCAUCGUCCAAGCGCGGAGGCGGCGGCGGGGGCGGCGGCGGCGACGACAGCUCAUCGGUGCAGGAUGAAUCAUUAGAUGGCGAGGAUUCAGGCAAUUGACGCGUUAAUUAUUAAUACAUAAAAAAAAUAAUAAAAAAAAAACAACAAAAAAAUCAACAAAAAGGAAAUAAACGAUUAU